AUGCCUCAGUCUACGAAGCGUGUUACUCGCGCUAAAAAUGCCAGCACUCACCCUGGUCAGAUAGUGCUUGAUGCACAGCCAAAACACCGGAUGAAGGCAGCAAAGGCAGCAGAUGAUAGGCACUUACAGGAAGCUCAGGAAGCCAAGGAAGCCGAAGCAGUGGCAGGGCUUACCUGGCUUGCAGCAUUGGAGAUGGAUAUGGAAGUAGCCCAGACCCAGGCGCAGAUGAACAAGCCAAAGGCUGUCAAGCCCCAUCCUCGACCUGCUGGUAAGAAAAAGGGUCAAGGUGUUGCGAGCAAGGAAGGCGGACCUGAUAUAGACAGUGGUAACACUGGUGCUGCUGGAAUUAGCAGCAAAGCGGCAGUCCUCAGAGAGGAUAUUGAUGAAGACUUCCUGCCUAGCGACGACAAUGACUCAGAAGACACUUUAGAUAUUCAGAAAAGGAGGAAAGGACAGAAAACCACACCAUACCGAUCACUGAAGGCUGCCAUUGACAAUGCUCGCAAGAAAACGAUGUUGGAAUCAGGGGUCAUUGAUGAUGAUCAAGCAUGUGCACAGACGAACAAGAAAGGCAACUCUUUAGUACCAGCAAAGUCAAGUCUGGGUGGCCGUAUCCAGAACUGGAGGACAACCAUUCCACAGAAGCUGGCCAGCUCAACUGCUUCUCAGUCUGAUUCAUUCGCAAGUGCCCAGCCUCCACCUUCCACCAUUUUAUCAAGGUCUCAAAAAUCUGCGUCAACUGUUUGUGAGGAUGACUCGGCCCUAGUUGGAGCAUUCGGAGAUGAGGACCUUGAUGACUCAAGUGAGCAUGAGGUUGUGCUAGCUACAAAAGGGAAAGUACCCAUGAAGUCUGUUGUUGCACUUACAGAGGAAAUGGAUCCUGACCUGGUGCUGCCGCCUCUAGCUCAAAGGCAAGAUAGAGCCGCCUCUGGGACCAAGAGGAAGACUCUCCAUGAUGAUGUCCUUGAAUUCUCUGAUUGUAGUGAUGACUUGAUGUCGCCAGUGGACGUUAUUGAAGCACUUGACAUGGUCACAAAGCAGCCAGUCAAAGCCAAAGUGAAGGUAGAAAAAGCUCCAUGCACCACAACUUCGACAUCGGUCGCUACCACAUCUAGCAAGGCCCCCCCUUCGAAGAAAGUAAAAGCCAAGAAGGAGCAGACAGCAACCAUGGUGCUAAAGAGCGACAGCAGCUGGGUGGAAUCUGUGUUGAAGGCACGCUCAACAUAUUUGAACACUGACCUUCCUCCUGCUUGCCACAAAGACACCAAGUGGGGUCGCGUUUUUGUACCGACUAUUUUUCUCUGGCUGGGUGCGCAAGAAGAGCCUUGGACGAUCCCUGACAAGAACCUUCUUCAUGCAUGCCGUGAAAUAUUCAAGGUUGUCUAUCCAAGCAUCAAGUACCAGGUUGUGAUGUCUGGUUCAGUUUUCAGUGUUGUCACCCAACGUGUCAGUGAAUGGCGCAGCAAUUUCGGAUCUACUAUGUUUGCCAUCGUCGUUGCUUUUGCACCUCAAACAGAGAUACCUCAGCAAAGGAGCUCUCAACCCUCUUCCUUCGACAAUAUGUGUUCCUGUACCUGA